UUUCCGUCCAUGGUUAGCCAUGAAGUGCAUGCGCCUGUCCCCAGCCACGAUAUAUCAAAGAAAGCGCCCGAUACAUGCAGCCACGUACGCCGCGCGUCCAGAUCGGGAGCCGCCAACGUGCGGCAAUGGCAGGCCUCGCCGCGGCUUUCACCGCGGCGACCCUCGCGGCUAUGGCCCACGCCACCACCACCGGCUCCCCGCCGUUGUCGCCGUCGUCGCAGCCGUGGUCGUCGUCCUACUACGCGGCCGUGGAGAACCGGCUGUCGGCGGGGGGCGGCAUGUUGCUCGUGUGCCGCGCGCUGGGCGGCAACAUCUUUACCCAGUGGAGCGUCGUGCCGCGUGGCCGCGUGCCCCGCGACGGCCGGCGCGUCUUGGAGCUCCUGGUGGACGCCAAGACGUACGGGUGGGUCACCUGCAGCUGGGCCUACCAGGGCAACUACGUCGGUGCCAUGCCGCUCUUCGACUCGCGGUGGCCGGAGGCCAAGCGGUGCCAGGACGUCGCCGGCGGCGGCCUGUGCCGCGUCGUGUUCGAGAGCGACAUGGUGCGCCUCGAGACGCCCGGCGGGGGACAGCGGGUUCUCGGCGACCUGCCGGUGAAACGUUGCCGGCGGCACUGGCUUCUGUUCAGCACGGAGUGCACGUACCCGGACCAUCCCCACCCCUACGCCGGCCGCCGCCUCAGCAACGCCUUCGAAUACUUUGGCGUGUGACCGGUUAGGUAAUUCAUUAGGGCAUCUCGAUUGAAUGUACGUAAUGGGCUGUAGGUGAAAGAAACCUAUUUUUUCUCCAAACAUGCAUGGAACAUACCA